AUGACUGAUGAACAAGUCCAGGGUUCCCAAAAGGACACAACCAUUGAGGAAUUGAAACAACAACGUGGCUCGUCAAAGGGGAAACUUGAGUGUCGGUUGGGAAUUGUAGAAUCCCACUACAAGCAAGCUUCUUACUACCAAAGUCAGAUAGAAAGAUUGUCCCCCAGAGAUAAUGGAAGAGCCGAAAUUGAGGAACUAUUACCCAGCUUAAAAUUACCCAAGUUUGAUGGGAAAUAUCUGGAAUACAAGAACUUUAUAAAUACGUUUAACAAUUUGGUCCACAAUGACCCAAAUAUUUCUACUUCGGAAAAAUUCAACCACUUACUCUCGUGUCUUAGUGGGGAAGCGCUUGCAACCAUAAAGGCAUUCCAAGUCACUGAUGAAAAUUAUUCUAGUGCCCGUAAAAGAUUGAAGGAGCGGUACGAUAAUGACACACUAAUCUUCCUUGAAAAUGUGACAUCAAUGUUUGAACUUCCGAAGUCCAAUAAACCUGUUCCAAAGCAAUUGAGAAAUAUUGUGGAUACAAUUUCUGCUCUCUAUAGCUCUUUGAAAUCCCUUGGCUCCUUUGAACAAAUUUGUGAUGCCUUCAUAAUUCAUCUCGCAAUGAGCAAGGUUGAUUCUGAAACCAAACAACGAUGGGAUGAAUACGUCGAUUACUCUAAAUUACCCUCUUGGUCUGAAUGUUGCUCCAUGUUGGACAAGCGUUGUCAGCAAUUGGACGCACAGUGCCGACGGUCUUCAAAACAGCAUAACCCUUCCAUAACAACAAAUUACUCACAUAGUAAUAAUCAAAAACCACAUUCAUUCGUAACAAAAAAUGUGGCUCAAGAUUUUGUGUGCAGUCAUUGCUCCAAAUCGGGUCAUAUGAUAUCAACUUGUCAGCGGUUCAUCGUUCUUACUCCUAAUCAACGAAUUGAACAAGCUAAGCAACAAAAACUUUGCCUCAACUGUUUAUCAAAAGGGCAUGGUUACAUACAAUGCCCCUCAAAAUAUUCAUGUAGAUUUUGUAAACAACGUCAUCACUCGCUUCUUCAUAAGCAAUUAGAACCAACCUGUCCCCAGAAAGAAGAAGAACCGUCAUCAUCAUCUGCUGCUACACAUAGCACCUUUCAAAACAAACCCAGUCCCCAAGUGAGUGCUGUUAUUCUUGCUACUGCAUUAGUAUUGGUUCGUGACUCAGAGGGAAAAUAUCAAUUGGGCCGUGCUCUGCUUGACUCUUGCUCUCAAGUUAACUUCAUAAGUGAGACAUUAUGCAAAUCUCUUAAUCUCAAGAAAUGCACAAAUUCAACAGAUGUCUCUGGAGUUGGCUCUUCGAAGUUGAGAGUCACUCAUAAAACACAAACGACAAUAAGAUCUCGUCUUAAUAACUUCAAUAUGUCAUUAGAGUUCCUGGUUUCUCGCAAUAUAACUGGUUAUCAUCCUGAUGAGAAUCUUUCCGUUAAUGAUUUCAAUUUGCCCUCCAACAUAGAGCUAGCUGAUCCAGAAUUUCAUCGUCGACGAGGAAUCGAUAUUUUACUCGGAGCAGAAUCAUUCUUUUCGCUCUUAUCCGUUGGUCAAAUUAAACUUGGAGAAAAUUUGCCCACUUUACAAAAAACUCUCUUGGGAUGGAUUGUCUCUGGAAAGUAUACAAGUCAAACGGCAAUAUCAUCACAAAGGUCUACUUACUCCAUUGUACAACACAAAGAUAUUUUCCAAGAGAUAAAUAAAAAUAUUGAAAUGCUAUGGAAAAUUGACGUCGUUGAAAGCAAAUGCCAAAAUAUGUCCCGAGAACAAAAAGUAUGUGAAGACCAUUUUGUGAAAAAUGUAUCAGUUCAAUCGGAUGGACGCUUAAUGGUGAGAUUACCCUUUAAAGGUGACCCAAAUGUGCUUGGCGAUUCACGAGACAUUGCCUUGCGUCGUUUCUUUUCCAUAGAGAGAAAAUUGAACAAAAACCCUGAAUUAAAAGAGGAUUACUCACAAUUUCUUAAAGAAUAUGAGGAAUUGGGCCAUAUGUCUCAGGUGGACGACACUAAUAUUUCAGUUCCCAACUAUUACAUACCACAUCACUGUGUUCUUCGCCCCAGCAGUGUGUCGACCAAGUUGCGUGUUGUUUUCGACGCAUCAUGUCGAACCUCUUCACAAACAUCCCUGAAUGAAAUUAUGAUGGUGGGUCCAACAAUCCAGAACAAUUUAUUAAUUACUCUGCUUCGUUUCAGGUGUCAUCGUUACGGAAUGACAGCUGAUAUCGUCAAAAUGUAUCGUCAGGUUUUGGUUCACCCUGAGGAUAGACAACUUCAGCUUAUACUGUGGAGAGAUGACUCCACCAAACCGAUAAAAACAUUUGCCCUCAACACCGUUACAUACGGGACAGCUUCGGCACCAUAUCUCGCAAUUCGAAGCCUACAUUAUGCCGCAGAACGUUUUCCCAACCCAUACGAAGUAGGAAAAGGCAUAAUCAUGAAUGAUUUUUAUGUCGACGAUAUGGUUACUGGAGCGGAUGACCUUGUAUCUUUAAAACGCAUUAAGAACGAAGUCACCGAAAUUUUAUCUUACUCGAAAUUUUCACUCUCGAAAUGGCAUAGCAAUUACCCAGGUUAUGUCUCAAGUGAAGAUGAAGUAAAAGAAAUGAAGCUAAAUGAUGACGUCACAAGUACUUUGGGUAUGACAUGGCACUCAGAUAAUGACACAUUCCAUUUUGAGUUUCGCCCAUCCAAAACGUGGCACACAGAAUACUUGGCUCAGUUACAAAAUCGUUAUCGCUGGAAAAACCCACAACAAAAUCUUCAAGUCAACGAUAUGGUGCUCAUACACGAAGACAAUGUUCCCCCCAUGAAAUGGGCCAUCGGUCGUGUUACCAAACUUAUUCCAGGAGCAGACGGUUUUGUUCGAGAGGCAGAAGUCAAGACAUCACAAACUACAUUAAAGCGUCCCGUGGCAAAGUUAGCCGUACUUCCUAAAGAAUAA